UACUAAUGUCCAUCAUGGCUGCCAAGUUGUGAUCGUAGGAAAAGCGUAUCACAAAUUAACCAAAGUCAUAUAACUUCAUUUACGUCUGCUUAUGACAUAAUGGGUUCGUCUAAAAAGCAUAAGGAAAAGGAUAAGGACAGAGAUCGCGAAAGAAGAAGAGAGAAAGACCGAAAACACCGCGAUAGAGACAAGGAGCGCGAGAAGGACGGGGACAGAGAAAGAAGAAGGAAUGAUGAACGCCAUCGGGAGAAGCGAGCUCAUGGAUCGGAUGAAGAAACAGAAAGAAUUGAGAAGAAAAAGUCUAAGAGAGAAGAGUAUGAUGACCUCUAUGAGUACGCCAUAGAAGAAUCGACUCGCGAGGAUCGAAGUGAGUGGCAUCGAUGACUUUUGCAUGUGUUUGAUGAAUAUGGAUAUGUAUGUUACUGUUUUGAAAAUAGAGAGAAAAGUUUAGAAUACCAAAUAAAUCUGAAUAUGUUGUUUGCCCUUGCUAAUGAACUGAAGCCUUGGCAUUCUCUCACAGGCAGCGACACACAGCCCAAGCAAGAGGGAGGAGACAUUUCUUUAAGCAUUGAGGAGACUAAGUAUGUGCAUUGUAGUUAUAGUUUCAUGUUUACUUAUAGUCAUUUUUCCACAUUAAAACUUGCUUGCUUGUAAAAAGAAAUUUAUCCAAACCUUUUUACAAUAAACAUCGUUUUUAUCCGUUAUAUUUUAAUUCCGUAAUAUUUAUACUAUUUACUAUUGCUUUAUCUUUAGUAAACUGAGAAUCAAACUUGGACUAAAGCCUCUUGAAGGUACUGACUCAUCUGGAACACAAGAGGGUAAGGAUGGCGUGGAAUAGCAGCCAUUAAACACUCAUUGGUUUGCAAACUACACCGCUCAUCACCAAAAAACUAUUUUUUAAUGCACAUUUGAACUCUCUCAAACUCAUCUCCCUUGGAACACAUCAAUGUCACAGUGCUAUGUACAUUGCUGUGUUACCUAUUAAUGUAUGUAACACAACACAUGUAACAUAACUAAAGCAUAAAGAAAUGCAUUGCCAAAAACAGGAAGCACAGAGGGUCUUAAACUGCUGUGCAAUGAUGUAAAAUUUUUACCUCAGCCCAAGCAUUUAUUUUAGUGGUAAAAGAGUGACAGUUGUCUUAUUGCGAUAAUCUUUCUGGACAGAAAAUGCAACUUCUAAGAAAGAGGAUGUUCAUGUGCCAGCAAUCAACAUGGCUGACCAGAAAGAAACUGAAAAGGUGUGCUCCACAUGAAUUUUUUUGUAGCAUAACAUAAUUAUACAUAAUUUUUUAGCAUAUUAUUUAUGAAACAUUAUUGAUUAACUGAAUAUUAACAAUCAGUUAAUUUAUAAAAAAGUAGUUCAUUUACAAAUUGAAUUAAAGACAAUUAGAAACUUUAAUCUGUCUUUGUGAUGACAAAGGGCCUCAGGCUUUUUUGAUCAUGUUGCUUCUUGAAUAAAAGAAAAAACAUGAAAUUCUUCAGAACUACUUGAAUUUUUUUUCUCAAACCAAUACCACUUAUUUUAAUUACUGGAGAAAUUGAUAGUAAAAAAAACCAAUGUAGUUGAUUUUGCACAUAGGCAAUUGACUAGCUGUUAAAAACCCAGAAAACUAUUUAACAUUUAACUCCCAAGAUCCAUCUGAUAAUUCUCCCUACUGACUGCUAUAUAUUUUCAUGUAAAUUAGACUAGAGAGUUUGGUGUUGUAUCACAAUAGCACCCCUCAAGCUGAUAAGCUCAUCUGUUCUCUGAACCUGUUUUUAAAAUAACUUACUGGAAUUGUGAUGAGAAAUUACAUGUUGAUAACUUCUGGAAGAGAAAGACAAAAAUGCUUAUUUGAUAAGACUUACAUAACUUAUAAAUGAAAACUAAGAUUAUGGAACUUCUUUAGUUUAAAAGGAAACUGGAAGAAAUGAAGGAGAAGAGAAGAAUAAACAAAAAACUUGGGUGAGUCAUGAAGAUAUCUUGCCAAGUAGAUUUAUUCUGGACUCCCAUAUCACUUCCUUUAAUUUUUUACACCCUAGCAUCAGUAUGCAUAUUCUCCAUACUGUUCUCUAUACAUUUCCCAAGUUGCUUACAAGGAGAAUUUAUUUUACAAUCAAGAGUGUCUUCAGUUAGCAAUCAUUUCCUUUUUUCUCAUGACCUUAAUGUUUGACUCAAGGGUGAUAUUUUAAGGAGAAAUCAGACGCAAAUCACUCAAAAGGAUUCAUCAUAACAUGGGCUCUCAAAAUUGAGGUCCCAACUCUAGGAUGAAUGAUUAUCUAUAAUUGGAGGGCUCAGAGCAAGGACGAUCCCUUGAUUUUUCGGCCAUUUUUGAAAGUGUUCAGAAGUAGUUGAAUUUUGGCAUGUGGACACUUUCAAAAAUGGCCGAAAAAUCAAGGGAUCGUUCUUGCUCUGAGCCCUCCAAUUGUCAAAUGUGAUUUUAGUUAAUAAUAGUUUUAUUAAAUGGAGAGGUCAUAAGGAAUGAUUUUUAGAUACUUCAUAAGCACUGCCUCUUUAAACUACUUCUUUCUUCUGUUUGGAAUAGAAAAGUGAAAAGCUUGGGUACUGCUGACAGUGAUGAUGAUGAUGACAGUGCCAUGUCAUGGGUUUUAAAGAGUAGGAAAAAAGAGAAUGAAAAGACUUUGGCUGAGAAAAGGGUUAGUUUUAUUCCAGUAAUUAUACAAUUGGUUUUUUUGAAUUUGCACAGAAUUUGUUAAAAUUUUUUUCCAGUUUGCUCUGUAGCCAUUAAGAAAUUUUCCAUAGCUAUGCCCUUAAUCACUGCUUUAUAAAGCUAUGUUCAAUGCUUCUCUGAAAUGGGCUUAACUAUAAUUUAGGUAACUUAAAUAACAGAACAUUCUAUAACUCAAAAAUGAUGCUGUGGUAUUGGACAACAAAACAGUUUCAUGUUGCAAGGGGCUACAUGUAUGUGAACAUGUGAAAAAGUUUACACAUAGAAUUUUCUUCUAGGCUUCAAGAAAUGUAACUUGUGAGCAGGUCCUCAUUAUUAGUGUUGCAAUACCUAUAUUUCCACUUACGGGAAGUGGGGGAGAGACGGGGGGCAGCUGUUAUCUGAUCAUAUGUGCUAGCUGGCUUGUAAUGCUGAAGGCCUUGUUCUUUCCUGUGGAAAAAAAACAAUUGUGCUGAAGUGCUGAAAGUGGAGACCUGCUGGCAGGCUACAAGAAAUGAAGUUGCUUCGAGGGACAUAGAUGCAGUAUGAUUCUAUGAAAUAUUGGAAGUUCACGGAGGACCUGUUACUAAAUUGCAAUAAAAACUUUUUAAUGUAUUUGACUGUAUAAAUUUUGGUUUUCAACAGGCACAAUUGCUGGAAGAAAUGGAUGAAGAAUUUGGGAUAAGUGAUUUGAUGGAGGAAGAAUUUCGAUCUCUGUCAAAAUCAAAGAAACCAGUAUGUAGUUAGUCUCUGCCCAAAGUUUCUAUAGAAAUGGAAAAUUUGAUUUUUUUUAACCAUCCAACUUCCACGAUCUGGUUGUUAAUUCUCCCCUCUAGCUGCUACACAAUUUCUUGAAAAUUGCGUGCAAUUACAAGAAUUUGGUUUUAGAUCAAGGUAACAACUUCUACCUGAUAAGUUUGAGUAUUUGCACUACCUGAGUGGAGGAUAAAGUACAGAGUGAUAUUAUAUUGAGAAGUUACAUGUUAAUCACUUUCAGGAGUUGAACACAGGGUAUUAUCAUGGAUUCCCAUUUUCCUCUCAUUUUUGACAAACUUUCAAAACUUUUCUCUGUUCAAAAUUGUUUCGAAAAAUUUAUAGAAUACUAAUGAUUUGUUAUUCCAUUGAUAAAAAAAUUGAAAAAUUGAAGUGUCCAGUACACUAUUUUAUAAAUUAGGUAUUAUUUUUCAGAAAUUUCUGAGUGUGGCAUUCUCUCUUUCUAGACAUACUCAAGCCAGGAUCUUAGAGGCAUAAAAGUUGAACAUUCACAAGAACAUUUUACGGUUUGUUCAAGUCAGAUAUUUAAUUUGUAAUAAUAUAAAUGAAAAAAUUGCAUACAGCUGAUUGGUUGAAAACAAGUGCAUUUUUCAUGUAAUAUAAAUGGGAAGUUGUAACACAAGUGCAAAUUACAAAUGGCUGGUGUGCUGUUAAAAUUUUGUCUAGACUUUCUGUGUUGCUUUUUUCAUGGAAAUUAUUAACAAGUAUUAACAUGUUUUCUCAUGCAAAUAAGUACUUGUAAUUUUUCAAAGACUACAAGUUACACUAAGGCUUGUGCAACUUUUGUUGUCUUUGAAAAUGCCCCCUCUUGAAUAAGCACCCACCUUUGUACCUCACUGUUUCAUAUAAUUACAUGUAGGGAUACAUGGAAAAACCAUUUGUUAUUGCCACUUUGUUAACCCUUUCACUCCCAAGAUCUAAUUAGUGAUUCUCCUUACAAUUUUCCAUACAACUCUUAUGAUGUUAGUUCAGAGAAUUUGGUAUUGGAUCAACUAAUAUUCCCAUGGUUGACAUUCUUCUCUAUUCUCAUCACCUACCUGCUUGAUAUUGUAUUGAUAUUGUAAGGAGAAAUUCUGUCUUGGUCACUUGUGGGAGUGAAAGGGUUAAGCUUUAUCCUUUAAGCUUUACCAGUAUAAGAGAAUAAUCACUGCCCCCUCAAAUAGAAGCCCCUCCUUCCAAUAAGCAACCUUCUUUUUAGCCAAAAUUUUGAAUAAGUGCCCAUGUGGAUAAUAUUAUCAUUACAUCAGUAUUGUCACAAAUCUCAGUGUGGAUUUUCUUUCACAGGACUCACUUUAAACUUCACCUUUUUUUUCAGGAGGGUUCUACUGUGAUUAUGACCUUAAAAGAUGCUGGUAAGUGGACCAUUCUCAAUAUUAGAUUAUUUCUGAGUGUUAGAUUCUCUCUUUGUAGGCUUACUUGAGCCAGAAUCUCAGAGCCAUGAUCUAAUGCUUGAAAUUCCAGCUUUAGAAACUCUUUAUUGAGGCCAAUUUACAUUGUCAUUAUCUGUGAUACCCUCAACUGACAAAGGACCACAAUCUCUCUAAAACCAGCUCCUUUGUUUAUUCUCAAUGAAUAACGUAUUGUUAGGUACUGUUAGAUGUUGUUAGAUAAUCUGAUUACACACUUCCCUCUAAAUAUUAGAAGUGACAAUAAACUUGCCAGUUUGCCGGUGAUUGUUGACGUAUGAGUCACAGCACUUGAAGAAGACAUCUGUUUAGUUAUGCAGCAGUUAUACAAUAUUCAAGGGGUUUCAAUAACUUUUACCAUAAGUGGCUGCUGAUGGUGUGUUAGCCAGCUGUUCUGCAAGACCAAACAUAAGAGCUUGCUGGUAGGCUUAACAGAUGGCAGUGACAGCAGACAGUGGAAGGAGGUCUCACAGAUGGCAGUAGGAGGUCUCACAGGUAGCAGUAGAAGGUCUUACAAAUGACAGUGAGAGGUCUGCCAGACAGUAGGAGGAGGUCUUACAGUUGACCACAAGUAACCUGCUCUUAUUGAAACUGCUGAGUAUUUAUCUUGAUCUACUUUAAUUUUGUGCAUUUCAGGUGUCCUUGAUGAAGAUGACCAAACUUUGAUAAAUGUAAAUAUUGUGGACAGAGAAAAGGUAUGUUCCUUUUAAUUUGAUUGUUUCACAUCAAAUUCUUCUCUGCAAAUAGAUCACUUUGAAGCCAACCAACAAAUUAUAAUCCAGUAGGGUUUAUGUUUGUGGGCAUCAAUUUAUUUUGAGCGUGCCUCAGAGUUAUCGUAGCUUAGCUGUUAGGCAAGGGUUCAACUGAGUUCUGAGAGGGGCCUCAACAUAUUUACAACCAAGAACAUAAACUGUGUUACUAUAAAUCAUUAUCACUUUGAAGGGCAUUAAGAAAAUAGAAACUGAAAAAAAAAAAAAUGAUGACAAACCAGUCUGUAUAAUGAAAUACAUUUUAGCCCACCUAAAUCUUCAUUUUAGCCUGCAAAAUGCACUGCAAUGCCAACAAAAAGAUAAUAAUUUAAAUUUAUGAUGGUUGACUUACAGCUAAUUUUAAACAAUGAAAACAAUUCAUUAAAAGAUUAAUUGGAUGGAAUUCACUCAAUUUUUUCUCUUCUCUCUUAGGCAGAUAAAAAUGUUGAACUUCGGAAAAGAAAACCAGAUUACAAACCGUAUGAUGAGCCAGAAAUUGAUGAAUAUGGCAAGGUAAGUUCAUGAUGUUGAGUCAUCUGAACUUUGUGAAGUUGUCACCCUGAGCACUUGUGUCAAUGGGAGCUUAUUUGCAUGUACAUUAAAGAAUAGUGUAAUGAGUUUGUUAAUCUUCAUAUCCUUGCCAUCAUGAUUUUCAAGGUCAAACAGCGAGGACUUUUAGAGAAAUAUGAUGAAGAAAUUGAUGGAGAGGAAAAGAAAUCGUUUGUCCUUGGUAAGAAUGUGACGUUUUCAUGUAUGUGUCUGUGGUGAUACAAACAAUAUGGAAAACGUGGGCAACCAAGUUGAUUGGCUAAAAAAUGGUGCAAGUUUUCUGGACCAAAAGAAUCCUGGAUUACUUUGACAUUUAAUGAAAAUUGUUUUAAUAGAAGAUAUUUAGGCGUAUGACAAGAGACUGGCUGAAUAUCCCCUACUCUCUCCAAUACCCAAAUGCUUGGGAUUCUUCCUUUUAGACUUGCUCUGACAGAUGGUGAUAUAUUUCUUAGUAAAGGUUUUUAACAAAAUGUUUUGUCAGGUUCAGGAGGAAAUUAUGAUUCAACUAAGGAAGAUGAAGUUAAAAAGGUACCUUUUCAGAUUAAUUUUACUGACAAUUUUUACAUAACUGUAAAUUUUGUGUAGAAUGUUACUUGCAUUUCUAAAUGAUAGAAAGUCACAAAAAAAAAUGUAUAUAUAUAUAUUUUUUUUUUUAUCGAAACAGAUACAAGCGAAACUUAAAGCCCAGAUGGUGGGUAUACAAGUUCAAUUUGAAAAAAUUUUAUACGUUUGUUUUAAAGUGUCUUGUUAGUACGACAUGAUCUCACCAGCUAUUUACUCAAAUAACGCUGUGAAAAGACCUUGGAAGUUGAUUCCAAGUUCCUGUAACCCUUUAAUUCCCAAGAUCUGAUUAUUAAUUCUCCCCUCAAGCUUCUACACAAUUACUUUUAAAUUAGUCACAAGAAUUUGGUGUUAGAUCAUAAUAACAACUUCUACCUGAUAAGUUUGAGUUUUCUCAUUACCUGCUUAAAGGAAAAUGUAUGAAUAUUAUAGGGAGAAGUGACAUGUUAAUGACUUCAAGGAGUUGGAGGGUUAAAGUUUGUCAAGGUCUUGUUUAUGUACUGAACGAGUCUUAAAUGAUUACGAAUCAGUAUAAUUCUUUUAACUAUUUUGCAAGCAGUAUGCUUUUAUAUGCUAUCUUCUGCGUAAUGUUGCUUGAUGAUUGUUGCUGUAAAUAGCUUUAACGUUUUCCACGAAUGUAGAAUUCAAUUUUGUUCUUAAUUUUUUCGCAGGUGUCACUAGAAAUGGCGCAGCCUCGACCGGUUGCAGAGUACUAUACUCAGGAAGAAAUGGUAGAAGGUCGUUUACAUAACUUUCUUUCCACUUGUCUUUGAGCUAAUAGCUUGUCAUUCUCUAACUUAUUGACUCCAUCUCUACUUGAAAGGUCAAAUUUAAGAAACCAAAGAAGAGAAGAAAGAUUAAAAAGAGAGAAACACUCAAGGUAAAUGAGAAUACUUCAAAUGACUGGGAAUAUAUGAAAAUCAUAUAUAUGAAUUGCGUAUAAAGAAGUGAAUAUGAAAAAGAUCUUCGCCGUAAUGAGCACUGUUUAAGCAAAAAAUUCAGGCUUGUACGGAAUUUGAACCGAUGACUGUAAGCUCAGCAGGUCAAGCACUGCACUGGUAUCGCAAAGGUUAUGGGUUCAAAUCCCAAACAGGCCUACAUUUUUUUCAAGACUUGUUUUCACUACUGCUCGAGUAGCGUUCAUUACUACGAAGCUCACUUUCACAUUCACCAGAAUACUUCGUCAAAUAUGUAGUUGAAGGUUGUGGUGUCGGAAUUUGUUUCUUCUUUUUCUUAAAAGGAGACACUACGUCUUGAACCUCAGCAAAUUGAGUGUAAUUUGUAAUACAAGAUAGCUCUGGUUUUGCCGUCUAUUUGGUUACCACUUUAUUUUUUAGAAUGCAUAGUAUGUUGUUGGUUAACUGUGUUUGUGUAUUUGUUUGGGUCAUAGGCAGAUGACCUUGAGGCAUUACCAGGACAAACAGAUUUACACAGUGAUCGUGGAUCACGGUACUGUUUUCAAAUUUUGGCGUUGAGUUAGUUUUUUAUUUGUUCUAGCGUUGAAGAUACGACAUUUUACCUUAAUAUUUUGGUCGCAAAGGUCGUAGCUAAGGACUUAUGGAGGGAAAAGUUUUUGACAAAUUUCUAGCGGUUACGAGUUUUGCCGCGCUUUUAACUAACCACUUUGUUUGUCAUUUUCUUUCCUAACUUCCAAACAGGAGUGUGAAGUCCAUACUGAAGAAUACACCCAAGAUGGAGGAGAGAGAUGAAACAGGCGACAUGAUGGAACUUGAUCCUUUGGAGCCCGAAGACGACGGUCUGUUGAAAAUUUUCCUGUAUACCAUUUCAUUGAAAUUUCGCCGCAACCAAGACGAUUAUAGCAUUUGUUUUCAAGUAAUUGAAUAGGACAUUCGAACCCGUCCCGGCGGAAGGUCUUACAGUUAUUCUUUUAUACGAGCGUCCUGCGCACAUCGACAAAACGGCUUUUUUAUUACAGUCGUAGGAUUGCCAGUAAUGAACAUCAUGAUUUUCUCGUAAACGAGUACGAUGACACCUUCUCUCCCCUCCCCCCCCUCUUCAUAACAUUUUUGUCAUUUCCUUGAAAUGCUACAAAGGCGUGAGAAAUGUCAUCGCAAAUCUAAGGCAAGUUCUAGUUUCAGAGAAUCACCUCAAGGAAAACUUCGCAUUGGAGUUUUCCUCAAAAUAUUUGAACAACUUAGUUGAUACUGUAAAUUGACCAUCGUAAAGAGUUUCUGGCGUCGUUUCGCGCGCCAGCACUUCGUCAGAACGAAUGACGAAGUUGACUAGGGGCUAAAGCGCGAAACGUCAGCUGUGAAAAACUCUGCACGAUGGCCAGCUUACCUUAAAAACUUACUUAAACCAGACUAUCUUGUAAUACCCACCACUGACGCAGCAUAAUUUUAUGAGAAAUUUACCCUCUUAAUUCAUUCCCGCAUGAAUCACUUUCUAUUAUUCUUUGCGUGUAGCAGUUCCUGUGGCUGAUACAGACAAUGGUGCUAUAGUCGAAGAUGACGAGGCCCAGUUAGAGUUACAACUGGCAUUAGAGAGGUAUAAAUGCAAAUAUUUAACUCCUUAUAAUGUCGUCGUGUAGUUUCAGCACAGUAUCCAGCAAACAGCAGAUGAGAAUAAACCAAGAGAUCAGUUAGAAGAUGUUAUUUUGAUAUAAAAACAAAUUCCCACGUGUGAGUGAAAAAGAAAGUUAUAGCUUGCUGAUACUUGUCGUACAAUACGUGCGGAGAGUUCCUCUUUUUUCCCGCCCUUUUUACGGGCGGCACGAUUUCCUGCGCUUUGUAGCAUUGACCUUGAUGGCACCGCGCUUGACAUAAUUUUUCCCGCCUUUUUCACUGUUUACAUGGCCAAGUUCCUGAACUGUUAGUAGGCCUACUGGUAGUUUUCGGUUUCAUAGUUAAUCUUAAGGAUAGUAGUCUCGAAUUUAAAAUGUUUUCUUUCUUCACUUAAGGUCACGUCGACUAAAACAGAAGAAAUCGACGAUCGGCGCAGAAAAGGUGAGUUUCUCCAGGACAACCAACGUUCAGCGUUGACUGUUAAUAGGACACAUUCAGGGUAUAACAUACAUUAAAAAUUGUUCACAGUAAAAAAAUAACAGCAAUCUUUAAGGAUCUAAAAAUACGUUCCGCCCAGAAUGACGUACAAAUGAAGCACAGCCCAAAUUUAUGGUUACAUGUAAAGAAAAGCACUAGAAAUGUCACCAUGAACCAAAAGGAAAAGUCCCGCGAAAAAUGUCGAAAAAAGUCUUAAAGAUGGUGCAUACACAGAUGGAACCUAUGGGAUGAGAAAUCUUUUCACCGCCUUCCCUCUCCCUCUCCUUCCUCCCCUCAUUGAUUCUAUGUGGACGGUUUGUAGAUUUCAAAAUUGAAUUAUUUAUUAUACACCGGGUGGUACGUAAUCUUUCAUUCUCAUCAGGUUGUCGAGGUUCCGUACAUAGAUCAGAUGAGACCCCCUCUACUAAUUUUAUUAACACGGUUUGUGAGUGUCGCAGUUGAAUUGUUUGAUAUUUAAUGGAGUCCAAUCUUGUUUUCUGGCCAGGUUGUCGAGGCUCUAGCCACAGUGAUUAAAAAAGAAAAAGAGGAAGACGUAGACAAUAAAGGUGAGUUACAAUUCUUCAAAUGCGGACGCGGUUAUUUUGCAAGGAGCUUCACGUUUCUGAUGUCUUCGGACAGUAGUUUGCAGUGGAAAAGAAUUUCUCAGAUUUUGUUUCUCGAUUUCAGAUUCCAUCAUUUUGAACUCGACUUCUGAGUUUUGCCGAACACUCGGGGAGAUACCCACUUUGAGUAAGUAAAUAUUAACUUAUUUUGUUCGACUUAAGAGUAACUUUCGAUUGAGGGUCGAAAGAAAUCAGGGAUUGUGGUGGUUUUCCUAGAGUGCAUCGAUUGAGUGUCGUCUAACCAAAUCCAAAGUGGUCACAGUGGCUAAUCAGAAGAAAGGAAGAUACCAUGAAGAGCCAAUGAGAACUAGGGUAUAAACAACCAAACUACCUAAAGCGCGGGAAAGCGCGGGCUAGUUUUCAAACCCAAACACAGAGCGGAGUCAAGCAAAAUUAAACCAUUCUCGGAUUACUUGCGAAACUCAAUAGAAGAUAACUCUAAAUUCAGGGUAGACUAUGAUACCUUGAAUUCAGAGUUAUCUUAGCUUAUCAUAGUGUUUCCAACAGUUUUUUUUUAGAAGAUUGUCACACAAAAGUAGUAUUAUUUUCGUUCUUUACUUUACUGUGUCCUGCAUUUGUAUUCUUAUUAAAAAUAUAAUCUGGCGUGAAGCAGGAAAAAAAAACUCUAAAUUCAAAGAAAGGCUAGUUUGCUGAGGUAGAUAAACACUUAAGGCUCGUUUUCUUAGGUGGAUAAACACUUAAAGGAGAUAAAUAAAUCCAAAACGAAAAAAUUUGGAUAAGUACGGGGUGGAUUAAAACGGAUUGUGAAAAUGUUUCAUUCCUUUGUAGGUGCACCUGGCGAGGAAGUGGAGGAGGAAGAGGAAGACGAUAAUGAGGUGAGAAAUGCGUAGAAAUUCAUGUGAAUGUUUGUUCUCAUGUGUUGUCUUCUUCAAAGAACGUGAGGUUAAUUCAAGAAGAGCUUACGAUUCUUUACUUUGCAGUGGCGAAUGGAUGUCGAGAGAGACGAAGAAGCUGAACCGCAGGGAGGAUGGGAAUGGGUGAAAACACAAGAAGAAAAGAGGAAAAAAGAACGAGAAGAGGUUUGAAGAAGGGCAACUCGCUGAAGUUUUCUUCAAUAUAUAUUCAUUUUCUAUUGUUUGGUUUUUCAGAGUUCCCACUUGCUUAUGGUUUCUGUAUAAUCGGUGUAGAAAGUUCCUCGUUUUUCGCGCGCUUUUCAUGAGUGGAAUGAUUUCCCGCGUUUAGCACUGUUGACGUUGGUGGCAUCGAACAUAACAUUUCCCGCCUUUUAAAUGGUUGCAUGUUCGAGCUGUUAAAUUUCAGGGGGCCCUCGGGGAUUUUCAGCGUCAUGAUUAACCUUAAGAAAAGCUUUAUCGUAACUGCUAAAAGGAGCAGAGCGGUCUGUACGAUUCCUGAUCGCUCGGUUCGAGUUCAACUGUUUUCGAUAAACAGUGUUUCAAGUAUGUUUGUGUUGGGGCUUGGAAGGAAUGAAAGAGAGCUUUUUUUCGGGAUGGGUAACUACCAAGAAUUUCGAGAAACGGGAACGGGAUGUUACAUGAGGGUUGAGUUAUUCUUUAGUUUUCGUCCUUUCUCCGUGGCCCUUUCUCGGAUAUCUUCGUCCUCUACUAAAACUACAACCCGGUGAAUGUGCUACGGACAAAUUAAAAUUUAUCAGUAUAUAUGUGCAGCAAUUUUCAAACAAGUCUCAAGUCAUCCGGGAUUUCUGUAGUUUUGCUUUACAUCGUAUGAUGAUUGGUCCUGAAAACUCGCGCUCCACCCUUUUAACCAAUCAGAAUCAAAACUAAAACCAAUCGCGACUUAGUUUCCCGCGUUUUCCCGCGCUUUAAGCAGUUUGCUUCUUUUCAUUUCGUGUUGUUUUAAUAUUAGUUUCUAGUGAUAUUUUCCUUUCCCUUUGAUUAGCUGUUUAGUUUACUUUGCUCACGGUGUUACGAAACUGCGCCGAAAUGCGCGGUACAGAAUUAUACUUUUCUUUUGUCUAUAGGAAACGGAAAAUAACAUUCUUGACGCAGAGCCCUUGGUUGGAAAAGGCGUAGGUGCAGCUUUGUUUCUUGCAUCAAAGAAAGGUAAAUAACAUGCCUUUUGCUAUACGUUUUAUUUUGCUGUUAUAUUUUUUAUUGCUUGAGUUUUUACCAUUUCCUCUUCCUUAAUUUUGCUAAGGUUUACUGGAACAAAACUCGAAGGCAAAGAUUGAAGGAAAAGCUUUGCCAUUUCUUCCCUCUGUUGGUGUUGUGGACGAAGAAAAAAUGCGGUAAGAAGAGAAGUUUGUAUGUAUCCUUUGCCCUUUACACCCUAACAUCAGUAUCAAUAUUCUCCGUACUGUUCUCUGCGUUUUUCCUUUGGUACUGAGAAGGAGAAUUUGUUGAACAAUUUAAUGAAGGAUUUAGCAGUGUUACUGUAACGAGAAAUUAGAUACUGAUAACUCUUAAAGGUUUAAGGGUCAAAAAAGAGUCCAGCAUUUGUCAAAGUUUAGAUAAGCAAUAAAGAUGUUUUAUGUCGUUUUAAACUUAAGUGCCUUUUAGUUUAGAAUGAUGUUGUUGUAGAUGCAAAGAAUAUUUUAGUAGAGCAGUGACGCGUGUUUUCUUGUGUUUCCAGCCUUGUUGUUGCAAUGUUUUCAAUUGAGAGCUUAAAGUAAUCACUACCUUGGAUCUCUAUGUCUCGCUCUAUGAUUGGUCUGGAAAAGUCGCGUCACCCUCUCAACCAAUCAGUUGUAAGAACUCAAACCAAUCACGACUCAAUCUCUCGCAUUUUCCACACUUUAGGCAUUUGGUUUGUUUUUACUUUUGAGUUUUCAUUGUCUGCUUGUGAAAAUUCUCAAUACUCUGAUCGGCCGUUGUGAUGGCUUUUGUUUAUAUUUUACACAUUCAGUCGAGCUGCGCUCUUUGAUGUUGUUAAUUGAAGUAAAAGUAAUUAACUUUUUUUCUUACUGAUCUGCUCAUUGCAGCGAAGAGGAACGUGAACGCGGAGGUCGAUCUUCAAGGUAAACAUUUAUUCUUGUUUUACGCCUUUACAGUCUUAUGUGGCAAGUUUGAGGUAGUUGUAAUGGAUUAUAGUUCUAGCAAGGCUUAGCAUCAUUACUCUGAAUUGUUACGUUACUAAUGUUUGAAUUUUUAAUCUACCCUGGCAAUUUAUAAUUUUUGUUAUUUCUACCAUACGUUUCUUAUAAUGUAAGCCCUGAGAAAUGUGGUGUUGAAUCAAACAAUAUCUGCUACUUGAUAUUCUUCUUGUAUUACAAUUGUAAGGAGAAAUUCCUGUUUGGUCACUCUUAAGAAUUAAAGGAUGAACUCUUUGCCAUCUAACAUCUGUAUGGAGAUUCUCCUUUCUAUUCCCCAUGUAUAUCCCACAAUACUGGCAAGGAGAAUUUGUCGAACAAUCGCAUGACCUUCAUCUUUGAUUUCGUGGUGACACUGUAAGGAGAAAUGAAAUGCUUAUCAAUAUAAGGGGUUAAAAAUAGAAAACCUUUUGAUGAAAUACUAAAGGAGAAACUCUCUCUUAGGGAUAUUGACAGAGACCGCGACCGCGACCGAGACCGAGACCGCGAUAGAGACAGGUGAAUUCUAGUCACUCUUCUCUGUUUAUUCCUCUAAUGUUACCCGUGAGAAUUUAGAGAUUCAUAGCCACUGGCAUCGUGUGAAUUUUGUAAUAAGAAAUAGUGAUUAUUCCAUGGAAAGUGCGCACGAACGAUUUUUAUUCACGAGCUGCGAAGCAUCAAAAAUACCAACGAGCGAGCGCAGCAAACGAGUGAGUUUUCUGAUGCAUCGCAACUGGUGAGUAAAAUCGUUCAAACACUUUCCAUGGUAUGAUGUUUUUAUUUCAUACAAACUGAGAUUUUUUCAAAUUUCAAUUCAAAGAUUGGCGGCGAACGCCUGUGAAAUUACAUCGUUUGUCCAAUCAGAGACACGAACGAUAGUACUCGAUAGUACUUCAAAGUGUAAAUCUCAGUAUCUAUAAAAUAAAAAGUAUGUCGAUAGCGCACGAGUGGCUUUUUACCGAUGCAUUUCUUUCUCCAGACAUGGUGGUAGUUCAUCAAAGAAUAAGCAAGAAUACAAACCCGACGUGAAGCUGGAAUACUAUGAUGACAAUGGCCGACCUCUGACACCCAAAGAGGUGAGAUUUAUUUUUUUUUACCUUCUGUACUUUACCGCCUUUUUCCAAGCUUCUUUAGUUGGUGAUCAUUUCCUUUAUUCUCAUGACCUUAAUGUGUGAUUCAGGGGUGAUAUUGUAAGGAGAAAUUAGAUGCUUGUCACUCUUGAGGUUCAAAGGGUCAACGUCUUUGCUGUUGUUGUUGUUUUUUAAGCUGUAGUUGUUGGUGGUGUAGUGGUGGUAUCUAGGAACCGUUGAUUCUUCUAACUGCCAAAGCUCCCAGUUGUUCGUUUGAAAGUUUUUCUGAUUCUUCUUAUCUUUGUUCUUUCAGGCUUUCCGUUUCAUGUCCCACAAGUUCCAUGGGAAAGCUUCCGGGAAAACGAAGACUGAGAAAAGGAUGAAGAAACAGCAGGAUGAGAUGGUAAGUUAAGAAAAAGUUCGUUUUCACUCCAAAAUUGUGUGGCCGUUUCCAUCUGUUAGGCCACCAUCGAUUAAACUUAAUUUCUUCGCUCUAUGUAAUGUUAGAGCCACGUCUCAAAUUGUACACCUUGAAAAUUUACCUUUUGUACAAUUAGUUUGUGUUUUUUGUUUUCAAUCACUCUAAACAUUUUGGCUCCCAGUGGUGAUCGACAAGAAAUUUCUCCCAAUAAUAUCUAUACAAUAUUAAGCUAACAACUGAUGAGAAAAAAGUAGAAUAUAAAAAAGAGGGUACUGUUUGAUUUAAUGUCAAAUUCACAGAGCUAAAACUAUGAGGAAUGAACGGCUGACGAUGCAGAGGUUGGCUAUUGAGUUCGCAAUAGUAAAAUCACUAGUCAUGUUUACUUGAUUCAUCCUUAUUCGCUCUUUGAUGUUUAUUUUCCCUAACUAACCGUUAUUUCACCCUUUACAUCCUAACAUCAGUAUGCAUAUUCUCCACACUGUUCUCUAUACAUUUCCGAAGGUGCUGACGAGGAGAAUUUGCUCAACAGUCAAGAGCUUCUGUAGUCGUUGAUUAUUUUCGUUAUUCUCAUGACUGUAAUGUUUGAUUUAGGGGUGAUAUUGCAAGGAGAAAUUAGAUGCUAGUCACUCUUAGGGGUUACAGGGUUAAUGGUCUUCCAGUUAUGUACAAUUUUCAAUGACCCCGAUUAAGUUCCAGGCUCGUUAAGAUAUCUGUAGCUUAGACGUGUGUGAUACUUGAGAAAAUUCUCUGAACCAGUUUUUUAGGAAAUAUAUGCGAAACAUUGAUGAGAAUUUACACUCUCAUCUUUGGACAGAAACACUAAUGCUUCUUGUUGCGGUUCAUGUUUUCAGGCGCUUCAGAAGAUGAACUCUGGAGACACGCCACUCAACACCGCAGCGCUUCUGAUAGAGAAACAGAAAAAUGCUCAGUCGCCUUUCGUUAUUCUUAGUGGCGGAGGACAAACUUUCUCUACUGGGUGGGUAACAGUUAAUUUGUAACAUAAUUGAAGUGUCAUUCUGUUUCGUUCACUCCCGCCCCCAGUGAGGAGAUGGUUGGGCAAGCUCCGGUGGUGUAAUCACAGCAGGGAGAAGAGGAAUCGAAUAUUUCAGUGAGCUUCGGCAAGUCUUUUUUUGCGACGUUCAAAAUCGCUUGCAGCGCGAGAGAAAAACCUAAAUAGUGUAUUAGUAAGGUGGAAGAACAGGGCCUUUUUGUUAGAAGGGCAGAUAACGUUAUCCAACUGAUAAGUGUGAACGGAACUUGCUACACUAUCCACCGGUUAGAGAUUUAUCCAGUGCAUAGCGUUAUUCACCCUUCAAACAACCGGGGGCCAGAAGGAGACUAGGGUGAGGCAGGCGUAGGCGUAACUAUGGGGACCACCCAGGCUUUGAGAUAAUGGGUGUAACUAAUUCCUCUGCACAGAACCUUGUCACGAGUUACGCGGCGCGGCACGUUGUGGCUCGCAUUAUUUGUAUUUCCUCUUCACACCGCGCAUUUAUCCAGUUGUAAAGAUGAUCAUCAGUCAAUUUAUGGAAGUCAUAUCUCCGGCGACCUAAUCACUUGCAAAAAUGUUCCACAUGCGUUGAUUUUUUCAUGGAAUUUUUGGAGCUUUGCUCCAUAGAUUGCUGAGUUGAAUUGAUCAUUCAGUAACCAAUCGCCGAAAAUUUUCUCUACAUAAGAAAUUAUUUUUUAAGACCCUGAUGUCACCUUCCCUAACUCGUUGCUAGCUUUUUCCUUCUCAGUGGGUGCUUUUAAUGUAAUUACGAUUCAAUAGUUCAUCUUAGAACCCGACGAAAACCUGCAUCGAGGAAUUUCCGCCCCACAAUGUGCAGAGGAAGUAAAGAAAACGAUCGGUAGAGCGCGUGAAGGAGUCUUUGAUGUUGAUUAAUUUCGUGCCAUUUCGCAGGCGACGUAGUAAUUCAUUUCGUUCAACUCAAUGCCCUUAGAAAAGUAAAUUUCUCUUCAGUUAAAAUGAUGUAACUGUGUUCGAAAUCUGAGGCUAACAUAUAAGCUAUAAGAAAUAGUCUCGGUCUUUCGACUCUCUCUAAAGGCUGUUCUUCCUGAAAAAACACAACGUAGAUUGAGAUGGCAAUUUUGAUUGUGUAGUUGCAUGCCCAACGAACUGCAAACCUCUCGCGAUUAUCAGCAAUAACAGCAUGAUAGAUUGCCUACAAUGCGAUUAUCUCAGGCGAAGAAAGCUUCCCCACUAUGUCGACUGGCAAUUUAAGCAACUGCAGUGAUUUAUGGGAAGGUCUGGCUUACUCAUAUUUGUGCAACAGCGAAAAAAUAUUGCGGUAUCAAAACUUGGGUUAAAAUAAAAAUGACAUAUAGACAUAAGUCUACGCCUAGGAAGGGGGAGUCGAAACAACGAGAUACGCUUAGAUCUCUCUCGACAGAAAUCUCUCGAAGACACGCGCCUCCCUUAAGUAGUCUCUUGGAUUAGUUCCCCGCAGUUUCAGUUCUUCAGUCACUGUCCUUUGCCUUCCUUGACUUUCUUUCGAUGUUUAAUCUCGUCGCACGGCGGGCUCUCCGACAGAAAAAGGCCCCAAAAGAAACUAACGCCUUCCCCCUCUCUGAACAGACUUCCCUCUCAGACAAAUGCUCGGUUUUUGAGGUCUUCGCGUUUACAACUAUGCUGGUCUAGUAUUAUCUUAGUGAAUUUGCUUAAGAGGAAUUUUCCAGACGGCUUAAAAACUUUGUUGCGUGCUAAACUUACUCAGAACCUGUUGUGCGACCCGUGAUGUACAACCUUGUUUUAAUUAGUUUGUAUUCUUUUUUUUUGCAAUUCCCUGCAGGACAACAAUCUCCAAACGCAAGUAAGCAUAACCGCAAGAAUAUCUUUUAGAGUUUUAGUAAUCACCCACAGGAAAUAUGGUGGUCUGCACGUGCAUUACACUCAAAGACGCUAGAACUCGCCACAAUCUUCAUAGAAAGACGCAGAUCACGUGGGUAUCAGUGGCAGUUAUGUAGCAUGAUGAAACGAAACUGUUGUAGUAACGUAGGAUCUAAUAAAGUUUUGCUUAAAUUUCCGUUGUCUUUUUGAAGCUUAUACGAUAAUGAGUGAUGCGCUGCGACUUUCAGAAAUCCGAAUGCCACUUUCAAUCCCGAUCGUGCAGUCUCUACUCCUUCAAGGGUACAGAUAAGAUUUUGAAGGGAAGGGAGGUGUUGACGGUUACAAAUGUCCACAUGCCUUAUGUGGGGGAGGGGCAAAAACCAUUAUUGCACUAUCUUGGUGCGUCUGUGUGUUCGUAUUCACGUGGCAAGAAGGACCAGCAAAUACAAUAUUUAGCUCCGGAAAAGAUUCGCGUACUGUCGUACUACCUCAUUCCCAACACGCUCAAACACACCGGCAACUUUGGUUACGGACUUCACACGACUUCCUUUUUUCAUGAUAAACAGAAUUACUCUCUUUCCGUCCUCUUCGGAAAAGCACUGGUAUCUCUGUUCUCUCUGCCCUGCGCUAAGCUCCAAAAUUAAUAUUUCGCUCGUGAUUCCAGCUUAACGGACAAAGUCGACAAACAAGGUCGAUCCCUUCCCUGUUUGCAUUAAGGAAGUCUCAUCGUUUCAGCUUUUCGAUGAAAAUGAAGUGAACGUCCAAUUUCGUUGUUUUUCCUUCCAUUCCUUAUUGCAAACUUCCUGGUUAGGUUAAAGAAAUAGGAAUCCUAAAAAUUUGGGUGUGGAUAGGUACAGGCCAAUUUGACACGAAUUUUGAUUUGAAAAAAAUCUGAUUACGUCUCUCCUUUUUACUCUAAGGCGCUGUCUUUUGGCUUCUUUUUUACAUUAAAACACUCAUCGGUAACGAUAUCUGAAAGGUUCGUAUCCGUGAGCCUGAAAGAUCCGUCAACGAUUAAACAUUUGUUCCUGUCCUAACCGGAAGUAGGCAUAUUCUGCUGUCUCUAGCAUGGGCUGGGCACAAGGGAGCAUUGAGUGUCAUCUUCAAUCAACAAAAACAAGUUCAGGCAAAUGCCACAUGAUACGAAGAGGCCUUUUUCCCAGCAUAAUUGCCCAAGUCUAAAAAGUUAAGCGGCAAAUUGAUCUGCUUAACAUGAACACCGCCCAUCUCUCGCCCGAUGUUGUGCGGCUGCCCCUUACCUUGUUCGCAGACAGACUCAGCUGUGAAAGAAGAAUUAUUUUGUCGCAUCUACUCAACCGGGGACAUAAAUUACAAAGUGCUGAUAUCUGGGUGUGUUGGCCAGCCAAGCCACGGUACCGUUCAUUUAACACCAAUAUGCUUUCAGAAGUUUAUUACGAUUGAAGGAAACUAAAUGCACCAAAGCUGGACACGAAAACCCCUGAAAAACCAGCUGAUGGAGAAAACGGGGAAUGUGUACCUCAGUGAUGCCACCCUCGAGGUUUUAGGAUAUCCUACGAAUAACCUGAUGGACAAAAGCAGAUAACAGUUACUUGGGAAAGUAUGCGAAUGCAGCUUUAGUAAAACCUCAUUUCAAAAUGACAAUAUUUCAGAAAAAAAAAAACCAAAUAAAUUUAAACGAAAACUAAAGUUAACACAGCGAAGGCUGACCGUAGAUAACGCUUUCAAAUUACAAACUACGAUCCCAUAACUCUCCGUGCCCCUCUCAAUUGCCUCCAUUCCUCUGAUACGUACCGGCAAAAUAUUAAUUUAUGCUAAUUGAGAUUAUAACAAAUUACACUUUACUAUGGUUCACUUAAAUGCCAGUUUAAGAUCCAGUAAAGGACUCCCCCCCUUAUCCUACUGGGAACUUUUAUCCACGCCUCUAUUUCGAGUCUUGUGAAGAUCUGCGGUUACUUAUCGGCGUAAAAUCACACGUAAGCCAAGCUUUGCGUAGGUGGUCUGGGCGCCGUCACAGCUCUUUUAGGGAUCUUACUCAAUUUCUGACUGAAUUUUUUAUUGAAAUUCUCUGCUCAGUUCUUUGUCGUGAGGUAUGCCUUCGUUUAUUUUCAUCUUUAACUCAAUGCAUGUUUAACCCUUAAAAUCUCAAUUCAGAAUUUUGCCAUAUAACAUCAUUACAAUAUCAAGCAGGGAAAUGUUGAGAAUAGGGGAAAAUAUAAAUUAAGGGAUUUUUAGUUGAUCGAAUACAAAAUUAUCUGAAUUGAAAACGUGAGAAUUGUAUGGGGAACAGUAAGGAGAAUCACUAUUACGAUCUCGAUGAUUUGUCAAUAAGAAAACUUACAAUUAAGUUUAACAAGUUCGUCGUUUAUAAUCUGUUUCCAUGUUUGCGGUCCUUAACCAUUUCCGUUCCCUUUUAGUUUGUUUUCACUUCUCUGGUAUUUUGUCGACCCUGGCAAGUUAUUUCCAGAUUGUUAUCAGUUAAUGACGCACGUAUAUAUAAGAUAACUCGCGUAUUCCUUAAAAAAAAAUUAUUUCGUUCGAAUUUAUUGUAGACACUAAAUCUUUUUCUUUCAGGCAUCUGAAAAUCGGGUUUUGAAGCAAACCAUUAAGUCAACUGCAAUAAAAUAUCUUUCAAUAAUCCCGGAGUGCUUUUGACGUCAUAUUAAUUGAAAAUUGAUCUCGAAAUUUCGACGUCAUGUAGCUAAGCUGGUAAACGUAGAUCAGGCGAAUAUGCAAAGCUCUAUAACUUCCCGUGUAAAUAUUAGGGGAAGAGGGGGCGGAAAAUGCGAAAAAGCGAAUUUCUGUCAAAACUUCCUGUCUACGUCAAUUUUUUAAAAAAACUGAGGUCACAAAUUGUGGACUUUACUUAGUUUUUGCUCCUUAUGCUCACACGCUUAAAAUCCCAUGUUUUGCACCGGAAAUCAAUUCUAAUUUCUCAGCAUCAUUUUGUUUAGAUGUACAAACUCGUGAGCCUCCAAUAACCUUCUGGAAAGAGGACCAGGUGAAUAUGCAAAGCUUUAUGGCUUCCCGUGUAAAUAUUUUGGGAAGGAGGGGGCGGGGGAUUAACAGAAGCGAAUUUCAGUCCAAACUCCUAUCAGGGACAGUUGUUUUAAAAAUUGAGACCACACGAAUCUUGCUCCUCGUCCUCACACCCUAAAAAUUUCAUGUAUGCACCGGAAAUUAAUUACAAUGUCAUAACAGCGUUAUGCUUAGAUAUACAAACUCGUGAGACAACGAUAACUUCUGGAAAGAGUGUGGCGUGCAUAUUUAUUACUGACUAGACUGGUCUUCCCGUAAUUUGAACCAUUGAUCCACGUGUUUUAAGAGGUUGCUAUUAGCUCUGCAAAAUGUUUACUGUUAUUGCCUUUGAGCUUUCGCGCGCGUGAAUUUACGCAAAUAUUCCUUCGCUGAUGUUUAAAUCCUAUGCUUGCUUCGCUACAUGAUGCUCAUUUGUUCCACUUUAAUCUUGUUUUUAUUGCGUUAUUGAUGUGUCAAUUUGCGCCGCAAAGGUAAAAGGUUGAUGAAACACGACCUCGCGUCGUAAACAAGCUAUCAGAUUGUAAUUGGAUAUUCUGAAAGUGUCAAACCGGUAAAUUUAGAAUUAUCCAACGGUCACAGAGCAUUUUCGCGCAGAAUAGAAGCUACGAGAUCCAGCGAAGUUUUCCUUAGCUUCGCUAACUCGGACAGCAGACAGACCGAAAACCAUUCCACGUUUGGCAUUUUGUAACUCGCAAAGAAUCAGCUGCCCUGGUGCAAAAAUAUUUAGGCUAUUUUCGACCAGAAAUUUGAAUUUACCAAAGUUUCAAGUCAUGUGAGUAUAUUACCGUUUUAUUCGCUUAUUUUUUCCAAAACCCUUCUUUCAUUUAACUGCUAACUAAACGAAUAGGAUAGUAGAGCGGAUUUUCUUGCUGGGAAGUCUCAAAUCAAUUGAACGUUAAUUGAAUUUAUAAACAAUUCAAAUAUUUGUUUCAUCCGAAUUAUACCAAAGAUACGAAUUUGAUUUUUUAAUUCGAAACGGGAACAGAUGUGAGCUGCCAAAUUGUGUCCUGGAAUAUUAUCAAAAUAAUCUUCUCCGGGCAGAAAUUGCCUAAGUGAUCGCUAAAACCCUCCGACAAGAACGCCUUACAAAACUUCAGUUGUUGUCCAACGAUAAAUAGAGUUAUCAACAGUCCUCCAUUUGUAGAGCUAGGGAGAGGGCAUGGGGCCGAGAUUGCAAGGGCAAACCAUUUGGUACUUGUAGUCAAAACAUCAUAUUAUGUACUGAAAAUACUUUCCGUCUUUCCAUCAUAAAGAAAGACGAAAAAACCGCUUUUAUUGAUGCCUCGCCGAGGUCAUAUUGUGCUCUUGAGUUGCUGCUUAACUUAAUUAUGAUAUCCCUUAAAAUUUUUCCUCAUCAAUUUACCAUGCCAUAGCUAGCGAAAUUCAUGUAAGUUUUUUUCAAAUGCUGUAACAAAGAAAUCUCGUGAGUUUUCGUUGAAUAAAAUUAAUCGACCACACACACUGAACUAUAUCGUAACUAAGCAAACGCAAGCGACGGUGCAAGUGAUCGAGGUCUAUUUUCUCUUAAAGGUAAUUAAAGUCUUUUACUAGAAAAAAGAAAGUAUUCUCUACUUGUAAUCAUAUUUGUCUUUUCUCGGUCCCUAGAUUUCAAAGAAUUUAACAGAAACACAAAAUUUUAAAUAUUUUCGUUUAUUCACACAAAUAAAUUUUAUAUAUCUAACACCUUCAUUAUUUGCGGUGAAACGGUAGUCGACUGCGUGGAAUUCUGAGGAGGCAAUCGCACCUUUAUGCACCCCUUUCAUUGUAAAGCACAAAUUAGUACUUAGGUUAAGAACCUGUGAAGUUUUCCACGAAGUUUACCAAACACUGGCCAAUCACUGCUACCAAACUUUCAAGCAAUUUGGCCAAGAGAUUUAUGUUUCUUUUAUUUUUCAGCUUUUAAAACUACAAAGCUACAAAUGGCAAGCAAUUGCAGGCUGUUUCUCAUCAUGUACUUGGUAUCCCUGUGCUUACUGCCCAGUUUACUGGCAAACCCAAUGAAAGCGGCGUUAGCCAGCGUUCACUGCGAGCGCAAAGGCUACAUGCUCCCUGUCAAAGUCGUGGGCUGCCAGGAGCGAAUGGUAACUGUCAAUACAUGUAUAGGAACCUGCUUGUCCUUCUCGACGCCAACUGGAUCCAACUAUGAGCAAGUGGAAUCCUGCACUUGCUGUGAGCCGACCAAAACCACGACCAUCGAUGUAGGGCUCUGGUGCCAAGACGCGAGUAAUCCAGGCAGCCUCGUCAAGUAUUUUCAUAAAGUGAAGAGUGCGACUGAGUGUUCAUGUGCCUCUUGUUGA